AUGGGCUUGGCUGCGACUUUGAUGCUUUUCACAUUGAAAUGCUCUGUAAAUGGUAAAUCGAGUUUUCGAAGCAAGCACAAAGUAGCAUGCUGCAUUAAUGACGGGAACGUUUUUGAAAAAAUGGAAAGAUUUUAUGUUUUGUCGACAACUGAUAGAAAGUUCUUUCAUCAGGGCUUUUGUUUAUUUAUUUUGUUGUAA